ACUGUGUCCAGGUGAGUAAUCCUGCAGGUCGUCAUGGCGACUGCUGCGUCUGCUCCAGGUGAGGAUAAGGUGAAGCUAAAUGAGAAGAGGAAGAAGAGGAUGAAGGACAUUGAGGAGUUAACAUCUGUGGGAAACAGAGCUCUGCAGGAAGGACGCACUGAAGACGCUCUGAGCUGCUUCAACAGCGCCCUGAAGGCUGCAGCAAAGCUGCAGGACUCCCGAGUCCUCCGGGCCUGCUCCUUUAACCUCGGUGCCGCCUACGUGGAGGCGGAGCAGCCGAAGAAAGGUCUGGUCUUCCUACGUCAGGCUCAGUCCGGGCCGAAGGCAGACCGGCUUCCGGACCUGCAGUUCAACCUGGCCCAGGCCCACAAUGCACUGGGGCAGCGACGAAAGGCUGGCGCCUGCUUCCUGCAGGCUGCUCAGCUGUACAGGUCUCAGGGAGACGGACGCAGCGAGGGAGACGCCUGCAUGGAGAUGAGCCACUGCUACAGCAGAGACCAG